AUGGACGGAACUAUAUUGUGUUUGGUGGACUCUAUGAGAAAUGUCAGUUGGAGCCAUUGGAGAGGCCUCAGGAAUAUAAUGCAAAGGACCAGGACGUGUAAAGAAGCUGCAAGAUCCCAAUCGACUUUGACCAUGCUCCGGACAGAGAAAUAUACCACCAGAUUGCUCCAGGCUUUGAUCGUAUCUGCCACAUGGCAUCGCACGAUUGAGCCUGUAGAGCCUGGGGAACAAAAGGACAUUACCAGGUUAGCCAUACCGCUGCGAACAUGGCCUUGA